CAGUUCAUAUUAUCUUUUAACCUCUCGAGAUCAUUAAGGAAAUGGGCUUUUAAGGGCUGAUUGGUUGUCAAGAAUGUGUUUUUGUGCUGUCUGCAACAGCUAACCGGUAAGUUGAGCGUUCACACAUGAGCGGUUAUUACUACGACAAUAACAACAACAAGCAGGUUUGAGCUGCGUAUUUGGUUGCAGCACAAAAAUGCAUUCUUGACUCAGCUUGCAUGGAGGACGGUGGGAUAACAUCUUCACUCAUGAGGGCUUUUUCUCUGGUGACCUCAGGGACCAUCACCAUCCUCAUGUCCAAUGGAGGAGGCUUUUACGGACGCACUGAGCGUGUCCGCCAGUCGCCCUACUAUGACCAGGUACCACCGGGCUCCUUACCCCGAGCAGACUCCUUCGACCUGCCGCCGCUAAGGGAUCAGAGAGCGGUCCGCCUCGCCCAGAGCGCCGACCCCCUCCCUCCUCCGCCUCUACCAGUCCAGCCUGCCGUCGGCCCCGAGUUCGAGCCCAGCGGCAGCGAGGGCAACGCCGACCCGGACCACGACCCCGCCCUCGACAUUAAACCGGUCCACCGCUUCAUCCCGGACUCCUGGAAGGACUUCUUCAGAGGAAGCAACCGCAGCAGCAACCAGGCGUGGUCAAUGCCUGCCUCGUCAUGUAACAACAACAACAGUACCAGCGAGGGGGUGCGCUGCUCUCCGCCGACCUCCCCCUCCGUUCCUGGAUCGUACCGAGAUCCGUAUGGCGGCUCGGGCGGCAGCUACAACUCACACAAGGAGCUUCUGGAACCACAGGACGGCCCGGAGUCCGUGUCAGGGCGCACCUACCGCACGGGUCUGACCUACAGCGAGCGGGUGGAGGAGUACCAUCAGCGCUACGACUACAUGAAGUCCUGGGCGGGGCUGCUGAGGAUUCUGGGAUGUGUGGAGCUCCUGCUGGGAGCGGCGGUGUUCGCCUGCGUCUGUGCUUACAUCCACAAAGACAACGAGUGGUUCAACAUGUUCGGAUACUCGUCUCCAGGAGGAGGGUACGCCGGAGGAGGGUACGCCGGAGGAGCGUACGGCGGCGUCACAGGCGGGUCCUACUACUCCGGCCCCAAGACGCCGUUUGUGUUGGUGGUGGCGGGGCUGGCCUGGGUGGUGACUGUGAUCAUGUUAGUGCUGGGGAUGACCAUGUACUACCGCACCAUCCUGCUGGACUCCAACUGGUGGCCUCUGACCGAGUUCACCUUAAACCUGGCGCUGGCAGUCCUCUACAUGGCAGCAGGCAUUGUCUACGUCCGGGACACGACCCGCGGAGGGCUCUGCUCCUACCCGGUCUUCAACAAUGGAAUCAAUGGAGCGUUCUGCAGAACGGAGGCGGGCCAGACGGCCGCCAUUAUCUUCCUGUUUGUCACUCUGGUUGUGUAUCUGAUCGGAGCCAUCGUGUGUCUCAAGCUGUGGAGACAUGAAGCCGCUCGUAGAUACCAGGAGAAGUACGGCCACGAGAUGCAUCCCUCCGACAUGCGAGCUGCACAAUCACUGAUGGCUCCGGUUUCAGCUCCUGCACCCAGAGCUCCAGUUCAGGUCCAGGACUCCUCAGUGGUCCCGAUCCAGGCGACUCCUAAAGCUGUUCGACCUCACAUCUUACAGGGAACGAUUCCAUCAGGACACAUUCCCAAACCUGUUAUUGUGCCGGACUACAUCGGUAAGUACCCAACGAUCCGGUCCGACGAGGAGCGGGACCAGUACCGAGCCGUGUUCAACGACCAGUACGCCGAGUACAAAGAGCUCCACUCGGAGGUGCAGGCUACCGCCAAGAAGUUCGAUGAGAUGGACGCCAUGAUGCGCAGCCUGCCCCAGAACCCGACCAGCCAGAUGGAGUUUGAUCGCAUUCACAGAAUCCUGGAGGACUACCAGAGGAAGAAAAAUGACCCGACUUUCCUGGAGAAGAAGGAGCGCUGCGAGUAUCUGAAGAGCAAACUGUCGCACAUCAAACAGAAGAUCCAGGAGUACGAUAAAGUGAUGGAGUGGAACGACGGAUUCAGCUAAACCUCCCGAACACACAAGUACAGAACUGAAGCUGACAGCUGAGCAGAACUGGAGGAGAAGGAAGGGACAUUUUAACUGGAGACUAAACAACAGCAUGUUUUAAGUCUGUACAGCAGCUCUGUGUGUCUGUGUUUGUUCCUUAAAGCCCACCAGUAGAACCAAAGGGAUAGAAACGCUUUAUACUUACAGGAAUUAUAUGACAUUUUGGCAAAUACGCUUUCUGGUGGAGAGUUAGACGCCGCUCUCAUGUCUGUAAGAGCUACAUCCAGUAGCCAGUUAGCUUAGCUUAGCAUAAAGACUGGAAGCGGGGGGAAACAGCUAGCCUGGCUCUGUCCAACGAAAACAAAGUCAGCCUAUAAACACCUCUAAAGUUCAUUAAUUUACACGUUAUGUCUUGUUCCAGUUAGCCUUUUUAAGAGGAGGACUAUUUUCUUAGAAAUAAAAACUCAUAAUUAUUUGUUCAGAUUAAACAAACGAGAUAUAAGAUGUUAAUUAACGAGCUUUAAAGGUGCUGGUUGGCGGGUUUUGUUACCUUUGGACAGAGCCAGGCCAGCUGUUUCCAGUCUUUAUGCUAAGCUAACUGUCUCCUGGCUGAUAAGUUUCAUAUUUAAUAAGCGUGUUUCCCCAGAAAUGUCAAACUUUUCCUUUUUUAAAAUGGUCUAAAUAUGCAAAGAACUGGAUAUAUACAUGUAUAUAUAUGUGUGUGUGUGUGUGUGUGAUACUGUGACUGUGAUUGUAACCGAUGCUCACCACUUUAAUCUCAUAAAUAACGCUAGUAUCCGAUGUGAGCGUUUGCAUGUAAUCAGGGGGAGAUGGAAGAUUUCUGUCCAGGUUUACCUCCGCUGCAGCUCCACCUUUCUGUCGGUCGGUCUUCACGUUCGUUUAUUCGUCUACAUAAAUUUCACAACUGUAAACCACUACUCGUCCUGACACAUCGUCAUCCAGCCGGUUUUAUUGAACUGCUGUUUGGAUUGUUUGGAUUGUUUGUUAUUGCACACUGUGUCUUGUUUCAUGUGUAACUGUCUCAAUGUGGGAAUAUGCCUAUAGAUGUCCUAUAGUAGAAUUUUAAAUGUGUGUUGUAACACUUUCUGCGUCCUGCCAUUUCACGGAUUAAACAUUUUGUACUUUAUAGUCACGUAAGUGCCUAAAUAUCUCCAUCUUAUCUUCUUUAUACCGCUGUAAACAUUGGACCUUUUGGUUGACAGGGAGUGAUAUCAUAAGGUCUGUUUCUUUUUCAUGUUAUCAAAUAUAAUUGUACAUAUGUUGCUGUAAAUGUCCUUAUUCUUUCAUAAUUUAAAGUGGCUAAUUGGUGCUUUCUGUCUCCAGAAUACAGUUUUGCUUCUGAACUGA